AUGGCCCUCAACACCAUUCUCUCGUCUGCCUUUUCGCAGGCAGGAGACAACUCUACAGGAGAUUCUAUACCUGCAUUCUCUCCGACAACCAUCCUCGAGACCUUCGUCCCCGGCUAUGGUCCUAUCCACAAGUUCCUCCUCUACUCCUUCGGCUUCGAUGUCACUAUCCUCGUCUCUCUUGGCCUCGCCCUCUUCUUCUUAGCUCGGAUCUUCCGCUCUCUAUGGACCGCCGCCUACUCCGUUGUCAGUGCUAACUACAUGUCCGAGAUCACCGUCUCUAGCACAGACGAGAUCCACAGUCACCUGAUCGUCUUCCUUGCCCACCAGUACAAGGUCUCCUCAUCACGGCGUCUCAUGGCCGAAACCCCCUCCCAGUCAGCUUGGGAACUGGACAGCGAAGAGACGGAGAAAGAAGAGUCGACUUUCGAUGCAGACGGCAAUAUCAAGUGGCUCAACUUCUCUAACCAGGAAGCGAAAUCCCAGCCCAGGUUCACGCCAGCCCUUGGAAGCCACAACUUCUGGUUCCAGGGCAGCUAUUUCCAGUUGAGGAGGAAGGAAGUAGCCAUGUUUGAUGAUAUGGGCGGGGGAGCGGGCACGUUCAAGGAUAAGGAGGUAUUGACGCUGACUUGUUAUGGGCGGUCGACAGAGCCGAUCAAGAGACUGAUUCAACAUGCCAAGGCGCACUACCACAUGGGCCACAACGCAAAGACUGUCAUCAAGCGACCUGCUCCCAAGGAAAUGCGCAGGUGGGGCGGCAGGGGCAGCUGGGUCAAGAUUGCGGAGCGCCCGUGUCGGCCGAUGAAGACAGUGGUCUUGGACGAGGAGCGGAAGUUCGAUGUGCUGAGCGAUAUCAAUGAGUACCUCAACCCAGCUACCGCGCGCUGGUACGCGAAUCGCGGUAUACCUUAUCGAAGAGGCUACUUAUUUUAUGGCCCUCCUGGUACAGGCAAGACCUCGCUGACCUUUGCGCUCGCCGGCGUUUUCGGACUGGACAUCCACGUUGUCUCGCUUCUGGAACCGACGCUGACGGAGGAGGAGCUGGGCAUGCUGUUUACGAACUUGCCAGCUAGGUGUAUUGUCCUGCUGGAGGACAUCGACACGGCCGGAUUGGUGAGGGAGAGCGAGGAGGAGAGUGAUGGUCGGGAUAUAAAUGGGGAUGGGAAGGCGGGCGGCAGAGAGGGGGAGGAUUGGAAUGUGGCCAAUCUGACCAAGGCGCUAAAGAAGGCCAACCAGUUGAGCGAGGAGGAGAAGAAGAAGGGAAUUUCGUUGAGUGGGCUGUUGAACAUUAUUGAUGGCGUCGCCUCCCACGAAGGCCGCGUCCUAGUAAUGACGACCAACCACCCAGAAAAAUUGGACGAAGCGCUCAUCCGGCCGGGCCGCGUCGACCACCAAGUUGCCUUCUCGAACGCCACCCAGUCGCAAAUCAAAGAGCUCUUUGAACGCAUGUAUACAAACGACCUCCUACGCACCAAAAUUAUCAUCUCUUCGAAUCCCACCACCACUACUACUACGACCGUAACCACCUCGCAUUCUGCACCCACAGUCUUACAGCCCAAGCCAGCAGCUGGCCCGGCACCAGGCGAGCAAACACCGCCACCAACACCUAUCAACGCCCAACCGCCCCUCUCACCACCUCACGCGCCGGUGACUUCUUCGGCGGGCGCACGAGACACAGGCGGUGAGGAGAAAGAUGCCGCUAUCUCGGAGAAGGAGCUCAGCUUUAUCGCAGAGCGUUUCGCGCGCCAGGUGCCCAACGACAUGUUCAGCCCGGCGGAGAUCCAGGGCUUCCUGCUCAAGCGGAAGAAGGACCCACGCAAGGCGUGUGAGGAGGUCGAGGCGUGGGUGCAGGGCAUGGUAGAGCAGAAGCGGAAGGGGACGAAGCUGGUUGUUAUGCACGAGCUGCGGUAG